ACCAUGCCCAAAAUUCGUACGAGUAGAACGAAGAAACCCCCGGAAGGCUUCGAAGAUAUCGAACAUAUUCUUGAUGAAUACACCAAGAAAAUGCGAGAUGCGGAGAACGAGUCACAUGAAGGUCAGCGCAAGGCCGAAGCACUAUGGCCUAUCAUGCGCAUUGCUCAUACACGAUCGCGAUACAUUUACGAACUGUUUUAUCAGCGUAAGAUAAUCAGUAAGGAACUGUACGAGUGGCUUCUCAAGGAGGGUUACGCGGAUGCCAAUCUGAUUGCUAAGUGGAAAAAGCCUGGAUACGAAAAGUUGUGCUGCAUCCGGUGUAUUCAGAGUCAGGAUAUGAACUAUCAAGGUUCUACCUGCGUGUGCCGAGUGCCGAAAGCCCAGCUGAAGAAGGGAACAGUAGUAGAGUGUGUGCACUGUGGUUGUAGGGGUUGCAGCUCCGACUCAUAAUGAUCCCCGUCUGCUUCUCCUCGUUUCCGCGUUGGACAUCCGCCCAUUCUGCACACUGUAUCAUAUACAUGUAACUACGCUGUGAUUGUGCAUUAAUCCCCGUCCUACUUCC